GGAUAAGUUGUUAAGUCUAGUGUGUUUGCAUCGAUGGUCAACUGAAGCUCCAAAGUCAGACUAUGCGUCUUCAGACAUUUUGUCGUAUCGAAAGACUAGCUUUAUCAUUGCAGUAUAUUGA